AUGUCUGCAUCCGUCUCUCCGUUGGCCGCAGGACACGAUGAGUUGCCUCUGGGGACGCCGGAAAACGCCGGGGGCGCCGUCCAGGAAUUGCCGACACCUGGCCCCAAGGCGUCUGGGCGUGACGGUGUAGUGGAGAUUGCAGACGCGACCAAGGGGUGCGGGGGCGACAGCGAAGAGUGGGCGGGCUCCAGCUGGCCAGUGGGGAUCCUCGAGACCAGAAGCGAUAAAUGUGCGACAGAGGAAAGAGAUCCUAAAUUGGGCUCCGCUGCUACUGGCGCGCUCACAGCGGAAACCGGCGAAGCGUUCGAAAGAUGGUGGGGAAGCCUCUGUUUGUCGGAUUCGUCCUUUCCGAGUCGAGUCUAUAUACCAUGUUCCCAUGGUUCGCUCUCUCCCUCUGUUUCUUCGCAUUCGUCUCCAGGAGUCGUGCCGCAGCCCUCACCUGGACUACUCGCUGAAGCGCUUCCUGUCGACGAUGUGUCACUUGGGGACCGUGGUCCGUGCUGCAGCUUUCCGACGCUUCCUGGCCCUGCCGGCGCCCCAUCACUGUCUUUCGUCUCCUCUCUUUCGUGCUCGUCGUCUCAUUCUUCUUCCCCUGACACAGAGGGCUGCAUCUCUCAGUCUGGCGGGUGUAGGAACGCAGACACAGCAGAGCCGCAUGGCCUCGAUUGUUCAGCCGGAGAGACAAACUGCGGGAGGUCCGCUUUAUCUGCUCCCGGGGCCUUUUCCCUUUCCUUUCCGCUUUCCACUGCAGAGAUUGCUUCUGCUCCAUCGCCAAAUGCAGAACUGUGGCUGCCUGCACUACCGGAGGCCCCUGGUGUGCACACCCUCGGUGUACAGAGCAGUCUCUCCGUUCGGUCCUGGGAAGACACCGUAGGCCCGCGAGGUGCGGAGGGGGUGGGAGUUCUUCAGACGACUCUCUGCUCGCGCGAACCCGGAGAAGAACGCGCAUCCACCAGUGUCGGCCGUCAGGCGACUGUGCCUGAUCUUGUUGCCCCGCUCUUUUAUCAGGAAACGAAAGGGCAGAGCGGCGAGCAGGCACGCGUCAAAAAACGCACAGCUGCCUCUCCGAGUCCGGAACUCCGCCAGCCGCCGAGUGUCCACCUAGGGGAGUCUCUCUGGGAAGGCCUUUUCGGAGGAGAGGCCCGCGAGGCUUCCUUCUGGCUUGUGAAACACUUGUUGUGGGCGGAGCGCACAGAGCAGUUAGAGGCAGAACUGAAUGGCAUGUUUCGCUCUUCGUCUCCGGAGCAUCACCGCAACGGACCAUCUCCUUGUCCCUUCCUUUUUUCGUGUUUUCCGCUAUGGAAGAACAUCGCAGCGAGGCGACGGACGGACGAAGGCCGGGAGAGCAGCCUCUUGUCCCCAGCUCUGUCUGCUCUUUUUGCCGUAAAUUCGCGAACCUUGACUUCUAUGCUGAUGCUGCCCUCGCUAGCAGCAUGGGACGAGAAGGUAUUCUUCUCUGCCUUCACUUCCCCCGAGGCACAGUCGAGGAUGAUACCAUCAUGGUCCUCGUUUUUCUACGGAGACGCGGAGGGAAGCGAACAAGACAGUCGAUCUCUGUGUCUUUCUUGCCGUCCUUUCUCGCCUCCGCCUUUCCUAGGAGGAGUUGUUAUCGGACGGCCUGUGAUAGGGAGUUUAUGCUAUAUUUCUCAUGCGUUGCUUAACCGGUGUGAGCAUAUUUCGACAUGUUGUAAACACCACUUGGUCGGAUUCCAACGGUCAAAUGAGGGGCGUCAUCGUAAUUCGAGAAAUUUUUCCAAAGUUCUGCGUCUGUGUCGCGAAGUGUUUUGCCGACUCCUUCUUCUCCAUUCGACCGCAGUAGCUGUGGCAUGGGGAAGGCACAUUCACUUUGACUGGAGAACCGCCAGCGACGCACCAACACCGCGGCACAAACAGCUGAGUCUUCUUCCUCUUCUAUGCCUGGAGCUCUGUCGCCAGCAAGGUGAAAUACGAAAGCUUCAAGGGUCGAUAUCGCAUAAGCUGCGCCAGCAGCACGAAGCAGCAACUCGGUCAAGGCUUCUCGAUGUCCUCUGGGCCGCUGCGGCCGGUGACGAGAGCUCCACGGCGAAUAGUGACGAGGUGUUCCCGUUUCUGUUUCGUGCUCGUGGACCACCAGUGGAGGGUCAACAACAUGAGAAGCAAGAGAGGGGAGAGAUGAACGAGGCAAAAAUCGCCGACUUGGAAGAGGAUGCAAGUGAAAUGCAGACUGUGCUUUGGUGGCUUGCAGCGCAUGUCUUCAUGUGUGACUCCCAAGUGUAUCUACACCUACCAGCGGACCAGCCAGUGUCACAUGGCGCGGUCCCCGUCACUCAAGAGAUUCCAGCGACGAAGACGGGACUUCAGGAUCUGAGGUUGCUUGAGCAGACGUGCUCGGCCGCAGUCAGUGUCCACGACGAUUUCUGCAUCUGUCAAGACGGAGUCACAACCGGUAGUCCCCGGUGUACACGGUUUUGUUGUGCAUGGGCCCGACGAAGAGCUGUCCACAGCGAUGGGCAAGUCGCGGGAAAUGAAGCGGGAAGGCUCCAGCUAAACAGCUCUACUUUAGCCGUUUCCCGCAGGCCUCACCAUUGCAAUCGCGAGGUAGCAGGCGCAUCGAGGUUGUGUCCUUGUCGUCGUGACGUAUACCAAAGCGCAGGGGACAGAACUGACACGGUCCCCCUCAUCGUGUCGUCACCUUCUUCCGGCUGUAUGCUAGAUGUGCGAGGCCAACAUCGGUCUCCCGUGCGAGCCAUACGGGUUGCAAUUCUUCUCCUGCGAACCACAUUUCGACACUUUCUCUGCUCUCGUUCUGCUGUCCCGACCCAAAGCGACGCAUCAGCUCAAAUGGUGCGAGAGUUUCCGACCCCCUCUCUGCAAUCCCCAGUAUGUCCACAUAUUGUGGACGUGAUCAUGUUCUCGUGGUUUGGGACAGGCCGACGCCCUUCUCCGUCCCCGCAGGGAAACUCUUGCCCAUUGUGGCCUGUUUCUCCUUCUACCUCUCCUCCCUCUUCGCCGUCCUCCCCCAUUUCCUGCGACGUCACUGCUCCGCAGCAGCGCUUCACCCUUUUGUUCCUCGCAGCAGACGGACGACUCCUAGCGAGUGGCGAUAUCCCACCGUUCCUCGUUCGGACGUCGCCCCUGUGUGCGACACUCACGAAGGGAAGGCUAGGCAGUUUCUUCCACGCGCAUCCCGUUGAGGCCGUGUGCUCGCGCACUGGGCGACCACUGCUCUUUUCGGCUUUCUUGGCAGCUAACCCUGAAGGUGCCGCUGUAACCUCCGGUCUGGCCUUGCCUCGCUAUCGGCAUUUGCAGGGAUCGGUAUCAGGCGAUAUGCUUAUCUCUCGUAUUCCGACCUCCUGCUCUUCAGAGGCAUGUUCUGCUUUCGGUCCGUCGCCUUCUGGCGUUCCCUCUUCUUCCGGUCCCAGGCGCUCGCAGGCGAAUGCAAAUGCUACGGGGGCUACAGCAGACACUGCGGCAAAUGAGCCUGUGUCGCCAGGCUUGGAGGGCCCAGGAGCGCCAGUCCAGCUAUCGGAUAUGCGUUCUCUUGCUCUGUUGAGAGGGCGUGCCGCAUUACACAGUUUCGAGCAUCAACCUGUCGGCGCUUCCUCUGGCGGUGGAAGUUCCGGCUGCGGCUCCGCCCGCUUUUGGUCACGGCUUUCCCCCUGCGACUCUUUCCAGUCGACAGAGGAUAGAGAUAAUUCUCGGUUAGGCAGAAGAGAGGAAACGUUGCCAUGUGUUCUGGCUAUUCUCCAGUCUCACACGGGUGACCCUGUCCGGCUUCAGAUGGCAUUUGAGAAGCCAAACCGCUCUGGAACGCAGUUACAAAGGACCGCCGGGUGUCGAUCAGCCUUGAUCCAGGGAAUUGGAGGAAUCCGCGAGGACUGUCACGUCGCUCUUGAGUUUGUUUCAUGGGGGCUUGUGGGCAGAGGACGAUACCAGCAAACACCCAGUGCUGCGACUAGUUUUAAAAAUGAAGUAGACACAGAAACAAAAGGGGGAGAAGGGACACACAGGAACAAGGACGCCGAACACAGAUGUCAUGCUACUCAGCGGAAGAUGCGUUCAACUCGAGGCGAGGGAGGCGGUGUCAAGUACAACCCAGUGGAGGACAUGCCGUGUUUUUCCUCCCUCCCACAUCUUCUAGAAUCCCAACGGUGGGCUGCGUGCUGCGUGUAUCACCUUGUGGUGCUCGUCAAGACCGGCCCAGCGACGCAUGAAGGAAAUAUUUUGCUGUCAACUCUCGAAAAAACGCAGCAUGAUUGGCUUACUUCCUUCUUCGUCUCACAUCCCCACAUUCGCGCCUCCAUCCGGUCCCUUCGCCUCGGCUUCGAGCACCUGACCGCCUUUCAAAAUGACAGAGUCAGACAAAAACUCUUUAUGCCACAACCAAAAGCAGGCGCGUCUCCCGAACGACAGGGUGGCACUGGCAAGAUGUCCGAUACUGGUGGGACUCUGAGGAGGGGUAGAUGGCGGAGGCGAGGAAACGAUUCCUUCGUUAACGGAAGGAAAGAAGUACCUGAGGACCAAGUGACACGUCAGACCGUGGAGACUACAUGUUCGACAGCUGAGAGGAAGAAGCCUGACAAAACGGACGAUUGCCAACCAGGAGGCUUAAAGAUACAAGAGGCAGGAAUGCCAUUGGAAUCAAAUGGCGACGUCAAUAGGGGCAUCAGAGACGGAAGCAAGAGAAUAAGGCCUUUACUAGAAUGGGAGGAAGCUGACGGACAGUUACGACUCUUCUUACGACUGGUUGAUGGCGCCUUCCUGUCUAUCAAUCUCCACCAAAGGCGCGUCGAAAUUGUGUGGGACUCUAAAGACCGUGGGCUCCUAGAACAGUUUGAGCAUAUGACUUCACCAAAGGACAGGUGGAGACCUACAAGGAGCAGCGCGGCUCACUGGACCAUAUUUGCAGCUCGGGAGUUUUCAGACAAGUCUCCAUGUUGA